AUGCUCCACUUAAUCCGAACUCUGUUUUCUUUGACAUUGGUUCUGGCCUUCACCGUGGCAGGAUACCCUAUCCAAAAUGAAAACACACUGCUCAAAAACGAGCUCAAAGGUUUAGGAAAAAGAUUCCACUCGAUCCGCCCCCAAGCAUCCGCCCCACGGCCAUGGGUCAAGACCGCUCGAAAUUUUAUUCAAGAAGCUCCUCGUGAGAUUCAUGCCGAAAAACGAGCGAGCCGACCAAUCCCUCGAAGUCCAGGGAGAGAUGUCGCCACCUCUCGCCAGACAACUGGAUGGUCCAACCCGCGCCCAUGGGUCCGAAAAGAUGAAGUUAUCUCAUCAACGAAGUGA